AUGGCGGACGUGACAGAGCUGAGGUGCUGGCCCUCUUGUGUCGAUGCAAUAGACUGGUCUCAAGACGGGAUCAUCGCAUUAGCCUCUGAUGAACGCGUCGAACUGCUGUUUCCAAAUACUGUCACGUUUGAUAGAGACAACGAUGUCGCACAAUGGCGCCAUGUCGCACUUCAAGUGCCCUGGUUCUCCAAUGAGGAAAUGCCUGUCAAGGAACCUGGGCCUGUCAUAUCCUUCUCGGUUGGUGAAGAAGUUUCGGCCAGUCCUCCCAUCUCCAUAGCCUGGUCGCCUCCUGGCCUUGCAAAGCAUAGGCGAUGUGCGCUUGGUGUGCUCACCGCAAGUCUCCUUCUUUCAAUCUGGUCAGCAGAUGGGAGGCCUUUCGAAGAGUCAAGCUGGAGCCGGAAACUGAUCGUCAACAACGCGCUUGCGGAAUACUUUCUCAAAAAUGCACCCGAUGAACCUAGCCAUGUUACUUCUGGGGUUGAGGAGCAGAUACGAUUUAAAACUCGGAUCCGGGCAUUCGUCUGGGCGCCCGCAUUGCCCAGCUCAGAAUCCGUGGGCAUCAUAGGGACAUCUUUGUCGUACGGCCAGCACAUUGUAGCAGUGUCCAACGAUGAUAACCAGCUCGUGUUUGUGGUCAUCGGCUCACCUACUUCUACUCUGGGAUCAGAGCAGAGCUGGAACGCAAAAGUGCUGACUCACUUUUCCAUAACACCGGACCCCGAAAGUGUCUUCUCGGAACCGACGUUCUUUGACGAUUUGAUGAAACAGCAAACGCAUGUAUCGCACAUUGCGUGGAGUCCCUGGAUCAUCAGAGGUGGUCGGUAUCAUUCCGUGAUAGUGUACGCUACUAAUGAAGAUGUGAGAGCAAGAACGAUCACGUACGCGUACAACAGUAUUACUCUAGGUGACGAAGUUUUGUACCCGGAAAUCGAACUGCGAAAUUACGGCCCAAUGAAAUGGGCACCUCAAACCAGAGAUGGCGAUAAGUUUACACUUGCUGUGUUCUCUAAUACAGGCCUUGUUUGCCUGACCGUGUCGGCAAAUGAUGCUUCCAUUCUCGAUCGAAUCACGCAUAAUCUUGAUGGUCGUUGGGACACGACUUCGGGGGCAGUCUGGGACUUUGAUCAAUAUUCCACGCCUCGUCUCCAUAUCAGCUCACUACUCUCGACACUCCACUGUUCAACCGCUGUUCUUGAGUUUUCCUCUGAGGGUCCUACGCCACUCAAAUCGCCGAACUGGCGAGAUCAGAUUGAGAACAACCUGGUCCUCUUCAGCGUCAAGAACGACCUCAAAGGAAACAGCAAAGCGAAAGUUUGGGGAUUGACCGUAUCGCCACUUGGAGACUUCAUUGCAGCAUGCAAUAGUGUGCAUCCCUCCGACAUGAUCGAGUACGGCCCGCCUGCAGACCGACGCGGAACUGUAGCUAUCAGUACCCUGCGCCAAUACACUCAGAUACGACGAGCCUUCCCAUCAAAGAAUGUAGGCGCGGAAGGCAUUCUUUUCACGCUGAAGAAGCUGGUAGACAAUACUGUUGAAGACACGGAUCAGAUGCCUGCUUUCGUUGAGGAGAUGGUCGAAAAGCUCAUGCAGGCUUACGCACCUCUUCAAGAUCCUCGAGAGCCUAUCAGCACCUCAGCAAGUGUGCACAAAUCUAGUGAUCUCCAUGAGCUAGUCACCAGGCUCAAGACAGCGGCCUUUCUAGAUCCGCACACCUUGAAAGAUCGCUACACUAUCCUUGCUUCUCGAGCGUGCAACAUAACAGACUCUGUUGAUCUCUCCAAAACUCUGAUUAUGUAUCGUCUUGCCUGCGCGUCUCAAAGCCUACUUUCUACACUCUCGCAAACCCCGUUCAGCGCUGAAAUCCUCGCUCAACACAGGCAGGUGCUCUCCCUGAUCCACGCCCUCACCGAUCCGGAUACCACAGAAGCGGAUGUCGAGGAUGCAGAAGACGGGCCCAACAGCACCUCGCUCGAUUCCACAAUCACUGCAGCCGGAAUAGACACAUGCGACUUCUGCUCCGCGCCUAUUCCUUUCACAGACUUGACGACUGCCGCAUGUACGAACGGCCACCAAUUUCCGAGAUGCCAAUUGACCUUCUUGGCCAUCCAAGCUCCGGGUAUCACCAAGUACUGUGGGUUAUGCGCCACCCCAUAUUUGAGCGACGAGUUUGUGGCUGCACAGGAAGCUCAAGGAGGCGAGGGAAUCGUAGAUCAAGACGGGAUUAUGCAGGACCUCGACGACACUGCAGAAGGACCAGAAGGGCGACCUUUGCAGCAAGAGCGGACACAAGAAGAAGAUACGGAAAUGGCAAAUGGAGACGGGAAUACGACAAUGAGCCCGAGUACAGAGGAUGAGAGAAGCGAGCCCCCUAUUACGCUGGCGCGGGUGUUGUUCCUCGCUUGCGAUGCAUGUAUCUACUGUGGCGGCAAAUUCGUGGGGUGA